ACUCAUUGAUAAACAUUGCAUUUAUAUAGAUAAAUUUAUAAGAUACGUUCUACGCACCUCUUCUCUUGCAGGAUCCUUAUUUAUUGUACAAAGCCAGUAUGCACCGCCUAGUAGAAGCGGUCCGCAUCCACCCCAUAGGGGAAGGAGACCUCCACCGCCGACAAAUAUGAGACCUCCACGAACCCCGGGACCGCCUAAUAGACCUCCUAUGAGUAGACGUAUGCUGCCCCCACCACCAGGCAGGCCAAUGCGACCACAAAGAAACAGGGCGAUGCCACCUCCGCCACCAAGGACAUGGAGAAGACCUCCCCCUCCUCCCUCUCGUUUCGCGGCGCCACCCCCGCCUCCCGUUAGGAGCUGUAUCUGGAGUCCUGUAUGCGGGUCUGACAGAAACAGUUAUGACAGCACGUGUCAAAUGCCACCGAUGGUAACGAAGGCUUGUGCGGGUUACUGCCCUUGUUUCGCCGCGCCCAACCCACCCUCACCCCCACCUCCAUGUGGAUGUGGCCCUACGUAUGCGCCCGUAUGUGGUACGGACGAACACACAUACGAUAAUUACUGUAAACUCAGAUGUGCGAACCAAUUUGAGAAGUGCCGCGGACCGUGCCCCUGCCCCACACCCCCACCCACUACUCGUGCCCCCAUGACCACACCUCCACCCAAAACGCCCGCUCCAUGUACAUGCGAAAACCAGCCGUAUAGCCCCGUUUGUGGCAAGGACAGCAAAGUAUACUACAACGACUGCGAAAGGCAUUGCGCAAAUGUAGAGCUGAACUGUGCCGGAAUGUGUCCUUGUGAUCGUGAGAAAGUGGAGGUUGAGACUAGUCAGAGAAGGGUCACGACGCCCCCCACCACACUACCGCCACCUACACAGGACCCAUUCUUCUCCCUUUUCAUGCCCUUUCAGCCCUUCCCGCCCGCCCCUCCCGCUCCGCCCGUGGCGGAGUCGAAUUCGUGCUCGCACUGCUGGUUGGACAACGACGCAGUUUGCGGCGGAGACGGGCGCACGUACUUCAACUAUUGUUUUGCCCGUUGCAAUGAUGCUGAAGUCAAGUGUUACUCGGAGUGUCCUUGCUGACCGUAAACGUCGAACGUUUGGAGUUGAUGGUCAAUCAGCUGUCUGGAACGAACCAGAAAGGUGUUUCCGGGAUAGUAAUGUCCCAUCACACGUGUACCCGUAUUUCAUGCACGUCACUCGUGUUGUUAAGGUUACUGUCGUAUCGAGCAUGCCAUGUAUUGUUUCGAGGCAUUUCGGUUGUGUUUUCAUCGUGUAUAUUGACCAUAUUAAAACGACAUCAAUAAU